UGCUGGGGUCUGGAGUGGAACUACAUAAACCAGACCAUCCCUGUAUGACUGGACACUAAAGCAGAACCAAGGAUACAAAGAGUCUUCAUGUCUAAUAUUUAGACAUGUUCAGCUUUGUGGAUUCCCGGUUACUGCUUUUGAUAGCAGCAACUGUUCUACUCACCAAAGGUCAAGGCGAAGAAGACUUUCCAUCUGGAAGCUGCAUACAGGACGGAGUAACGUACAGUGACCGAGAUGUUUGGAAACCAAUGCCCUGCCAGAUCUGCGUGUGCGACAGCGGCAAAAUCCUUUGCGACGAGGUGAUCUGUGACGACACAACUGACUGCCCAAAUCCCGAGAUCCGCUUUGGAGAAUGCUGCCCUGUUUGCCCUGACACCAGCGAACCUUUCCCAGAAGCCACUGGAGCAGAGGGUCCUCAGGGGGAACGAGGCCCUAAAGGAGACAGGGGGCUUCCUGGUCCCCCAGGCAGAGAUGGCAGAGAUGGCCAACCCGGACCCCCUGGACCUCCAGGCCUCCCAGGCCCCCCAGGCCUUGGCGGAAACUUCGCUCCUCAGAUGGGAUACGGUUAUGAUGAAAAAUCCGGUGGUGGCCUUUCUCUUCCUGGCCCAAUGGGUCCAGCUGGUCCCCGCGGUCUUCCUGGUCCUCCUGGCGCUCCUGGUCCCCAAGGUUUCCAAGGUCCCCCUGGUGAACCCGGAGAGCCUGGUGCUGCUGGUCCAAUGGGUCCCCGUGGUCCAGCUGGCCCACCCGGAAAGAAUGGAGAUGAUGGUGAAGCUGGAAAACCUGGCCGUCCUGGCGAGCGUGGUGCUCAAGGUCCACAGGGUGCCCGUGGUCUUCCCGGAACAGCUGGUCUUCCAGGCAUGAAGGGACACAGAGGUUUCAGCGGUCUUGAUGGUGCUAAAGGCGAUGCUGGUCCAGCUGGCCCCAAGGGUGAGCCUGGUAGCCCUGGUGAGAAUGGUGCUCCUGGACAAGUCGGCCCACGUGGUCUUCCUGGUGAGAGAGGCCGCCCUGGACCUUCUGGCCCUGCUGGCGCUCGUGGUAAUGAUGGUUCCCCUGGUGCUGCUGGCCCCCCAGGCCCCACUGGUCCAGCUGGCCCCCCUGGCUUCCCUGGUGCUGUUGGCCCUAAGGGUGAAACUGGUCCCCAAGGUGCUCGUGGUAGUGAAGGCCCACAAGGUGCUCGUGGUGAACCUGGUCCCGCUGGUCCCGCCGGCGCUGCUGGUCCUUCUGGCAACCCUGGUUCUGAUGGUCAACCUGGUGCCAAAGGUGCAACUGGUGCUCCCGGAACUUCUGGCGCUCCCGGCUUCCCCGGUCCUCGUGGCCCAGCUGGACCUCAGGGUCCCAGCGGCGCUCCUGGUCCCAAGGGUAACAGCGGUGAACCUGGCGCUCCCGGAAACAAAGGAGAUACUGGUUCUAAAGGUGAACCCGGCCCCGCUGGUCUCCAAGGCCCCCCUGGUCCACCUGGUGAGGAAGGCAAGAGAGGAUCUCGUGGUGAGCCUGGACCUGCUGGCUUGCCUGGACCUGCUGGUGAACGUGGUGCUCCCGGAAGCCGUGGUUUCCCUGGAUCUGAUGGCAUGGCUGGUCCCAAGGGCCCACCUGGCGAGCGUGGCUCUCCCGGCCCUGCUGGCCCCAAAGGAAAUACUGGCGAAGCUGGACGCCCCGGUGAGCCUGGUCUCCCUGGAGCCAAGGGUCUGACUGGUAGCCCUGGAAGCCCUGGCCCCGAUGGCAAGACUGGACCCACUGGCCCUGCUGGUCAAGAUGGUCGCCCUGGACCUGCAGGUCCACCAGGUGCAAGAGGUCAAGCUGGAGUCAUGGGAUUCCCUGGACCUAAAGGCGCUGCUGGUGAGCCCGGAAAACCUGGAGAGAGAGGUGCCCCUGGACCUACCGGUGCUGUUGGUGCUCCUGGUAAAGAUGGUGAAACUGGUGCCCAAGGACCCCCUGGCCCAAGUGGCCCUGCUGGAGAAAGAGGCGAACAAGGUCCCGGUGGAGCUCCUGGAUUCCAGGGUCUUCCCGGUCCUGCAGGUGCCCCUGGUGAAUCUGGAAAGCCUGGUGAACAGGGUGUCCCUGGUGAUGUUGGUCCUCCUGGUCCCUCUGGUGCAAGAGGCGAGAGAGGUUUCCCCGGUGAACGUGGUGUCCAAGGCCCCCCAGGUCCUCAGGGCGCCCGUGGUUCUAAUGGUGCUCCUGGUAACGAUGGUGCUAAGGGUGAUGCUGGUGCUCCUGGUUCCCCCGGAAACCAAGGUCCUGCUGGCCUUCAGGGUAUGCCUGGCGAACGUGGUGCUGCUGGACUGCCUGGUGCCAAGGGAGAGAGAGGUGACACUGGUCCCAAAGGUGCUGAUGGUGCUCCUGGCAAGGAUGGAGCUAGAGGAUUGACUGGACCCAUUGGCCCACCUGGACCUUCUGGUGCUCCUGGUGACAAGGGUGAAGCUGGUCCUUCUGGUCCUGCUGGUCCCACCGGUGCUCGUGGUGCCCCCGGAGAUCGUGGUGAGCCUGGCCCUGCCGGACCCGCUGGAUUUGCUGGCCCCCCUGGUGCUGAUGGACAACCUGGUGCUAAAGGUGAACAAGGUGAUGCUGGUGCUAAAGGCGAUGCUGGUCCCCCCGGACCUGCUGGUGCCACUGGACCUCCCGGACCCGCUGGUGCUGUUGGUGCUCCUGGACCCAAAGGUGCUCGUGGAAGUGCAGGACCCCCUGGUGCUACUGGAUUCCCCGGAGCUGCUGGAAGAGUCGGACCCCCUGGCCCAUCUGGUAACAUCGGCCUUCCCGGCCCCCCAGGCCCUGGUGGAAAGGAAGGUGCCAAAGGACCCCGUGGUGAGACUGGACCUGCCGGCCGCCCUGGUGAAGCUGGACCUGCUGGCCCACCCGGACCUCCCGGUGAGAAGGGCUCUCCUGGUUCCGAUGGACCUGCUGGUGCACCUGGUACUCCUGGCCCACAAGGUAUCGCUGGACAGCGCGGUGUUGUUGGUCUUCCUGGACAAAGAGGCGAGAGAGGUUUCCCUGGUCUUCCCGGACCAUCCGGCGAGCCUGGCAAACAAGGCCCAUCUGGUGCUUCUGGUGAACGCGGUCCUCCUGGCCCAAUGGGACCACCUGGCUUGGCCGGACCCCCUGGUGAAUCUGGACGUGAGGGUUCUCCUGGUGCAGAAGGUGCUCCCGGUCGCGAUGGUGCUGCUGGUCCCAAGGGUGAUCGUGGUGAGACCGGCCCAGCUGGUGCCCCUGGCGCUCCCGGCGCCCCCGGUGCUCCUGGCCCAGUUGGCCCUGCUGGCAAGAAUGGCGACCGCGGUGAGACUGGUCCCGCUGGCCCUGCUGGCCCCGCUGGCCCUGCUGGUGCUCGUGGUCCUGCAGGCCCACAAGGUGCUCGUGGUGACAAGGGUGAGACUGGCGAACAAGGUGACAGAGGAAUGAAGGGUCACAGAGGAUUCUCUGGUCUCCAGGGGCCCCCUGGCCCACCUGGCUCUCCUGGUGAACAAGGUCCCUCUGGCGCUUCUGGUCCUGCUGGUCCAAGAGGUCCCCCUGGCUCUUCCGGUGCCGCUGGCAAAGACGGUCUGAACGGUCUUCCCGGUCCCAUUGGCCCACCUGGUCCCCGCGGUCGCACUGGUGAUGUUGGUCCUGCUGGUCCUCCCGGACCACCUGGGCCACCCGGUCCUCCAGGCCCACCCAGCGGAGGCUUUGACUUCAGCUUCCUGCCCCAGCCUCCUCAGGAGAAAGCUCACGACGGUGGCCGCUACUACAGAGCUGACGAUGCCAACGUGAUGCGCGACCGUGACCUGGAAGUGGACACUACUCUCAAGAGCCUGUCCAUGCAGAUCGAGAACAUCCGCAGCCCUGACGGAACCCGUAAGAACCCAGCCCGCACUUGCCGCGACCUGAAGAUGUGCCACGGAGACUGGAAGAGUGGCGAGUACUGGAUUGACCCCAACCAAGGCUGCAACCUGGAUGCCAUCAAGGUCUACUGUAACAUGGAGACUGGAGAGACUUGUGUCCAAUCUUCUCAGCCCACCGUCGCCCAGAAGAACUGGUACAUCAGCAAGAACCCCAAGGAGAAGAAGCAUGUCUGGUUCGGCGAAAGCAUGUCCGAUGGCUUCCAGUUCGAAUAUGGUGGUGAGGGAUCUGACCCAUCUGACGUUGCCAUUCAACUGACCUUCUUGCGGCUGAUGUCCACUGAAGCUUCCCAGAACAUUACCUACCACUGCAAGAACAGCGUGGCUUACAUGAACGCAGAGACCGGCAACCUGCAGAACGCUCUGCUCCUCCAAGGCUCCAACGAGAUCGAGAUCAGAGCAGAGGGCAACAGCCGGUUCGUCUAUGGAGUCCCCAAGGAUGGUUGCACGCGUCACACUGGCAGUUGGGACAAGACAGUCAUCGAAUACAAGACAACAAAAACAUCCCGGUUGCCCAUCAUUGAUGUGGCUCCCAUGGACAUUGGUGGCAGAGACCAGGAAUUCGGCUUUGAUAUUGGACCAGUCUGCUUCUUGUAAACCCAAAAGGAAACCUGACAGUUUAAAAAAUAAAAUAAAAAACAGCCAAAAAAGAAGGAAAUUUCACAUGGACUUGAAUUUGUGUCUUUUUCUCUCCAUCAUCUCUAAAACUAUUUUUGUUUCCGUUAAAAAAAUCAACAAAAAAAGCAUUAAACCAAAAAAAUAAAAAUAAAUGACUUUUCAAAAAUAAUUAAGGAAGUGCAUCCACUUGCUUGACUUUAUUAUUAUUAUUAAAAUCCCCAAAGACAGAAUGGUUUGAUUUUAUCUUCUUCUUUUUUUAAAAAAUAAAAAUAUCAAGUAAUAUUGUGGGACCUAUAUUUGUACAUUCCAAAAAAAAAACAUAUAUAAAAACCAUACAAAAUGACAAAAUCAGUUGAAACCAAGCAACACCUGAAAUACAUCUGUAUGAAAAUCUGGUGUGUGUUUUUUUUGCCCAUCACAACCCCAUCAAAAAGAACCUCCCCUCCUCUGAACCCAGAACUGUAAAAAAUAAAUAAAUCCCAAAAUCUACCUAUAGACCAUCUUUCUCUGCCGGUACCUGAUAGAAAGAGAUUUAUCUUUCCUCUUUCUUUUUUCUUUUUUACUCGGAGCAAUGCCACUGAAAAGAUUAUUCUUUCAGUCAUUUUAAAUGUACGUUUUUUUCCGUUUUGUUCAGUCGGCAACAAGGAUAAAUUUGGCGAAGUUAUCAUAAAAAAGGUGUGGCGCUGAGUGGUUUUUCGAAAUAGAAACCUGUUUGAAGAAAAAGAGCAGGUGAUAGUGCCUGUCCCUCUCAGAGAGGUCAGGUAGAGGGGGGGAGACAGGUUUAAGAGCUUUAAUUAUUUUGUCGGUGAACAACUGAAGGGAAAAAAAUGGCCAAUAAUACCAGGAAGCAGAGAAAAUGUAAUGUUAAAUGUAUAUUAUUGUUGUAUGGACGGCUACCUCACCAUUGUCAUUUUCAAGUUCUUUGGGGUAGUUUUGGGAUUUUUUAAAAAUAAUAGCAUCAGCUUGCAUGGAGGGGGGGGCAAAGAAACUGGGCAGAGUUUCAGGUUUAGAUAAAGGUGCUAACUGUGUCUUUCAUAUAUCACUUUUUUUUAGUCUGCUAUGUUAAUAAUUUUCAGGUCCCAUGAACUUUUUAUUUUUUACUUUUUGAAGUGACGAAACCUAGAAAAACCUCGCCCCGAGCACAGCUUUGCUGAAAAGGGGGCCAUUUGGUGCUAUAGAAAUGAGAUUAUUGGAGGGGGAAAGCAAACUGGAUGCCUUGCUGCCCAGAGAUACUUGUGAAUUUUUUUUCAAAAGGUGCUAUUUCUUUUUUGACAAGCAAAAAUAAUAAUUUUUUAAAAAUCGAGGAUGAGGAAAAAAUAAAUCAAACAUUGCUACAAGGGAUCAAGGUCUCAGCAGUUUCUGUCUUUCUCUUGUAAAGCAGGUGGAUUCUCUUUUGGCUUCUAUUUUCUCCGACAUUCCCCCAGUUCUUCUCCUCCAUAACCAUCUCUCUCUCUCUCUCUCUCUCUCUCUCCCAUCUUUCAUCCUAUCCCACAAGCAAACACUUUUGCCAAGCCUCCCUUGUCCGCUCAUCGCCCUCCCUCGCUGCUGAUUCAUUCUUCCCUUUCUUAUCCACCUCUUUCUCCUCAGCUCCGCCAACAUCACCCCUCAUCUCUCUUUUUCUUUCCCCCCGCUCCUCUACUUUCUGUUUUUCGUUGGGUUUCCGACUUGAGCAAAAAAAAACACCCAUAAUUCCUCUCUUUCUCACAAGAGGCAGAUGUUGUAGGGAGUGUGAGCGGCCGAAGAUUCUGUACCUAUUUUGUAUAUGUAUAAUAAUUUGAGAUGUUUUUAAUUAUUUUGACUGCUGAAAUAAAGCAUGUGAAAUGAUCGAUCACA